AGAAAAACUUAUUCCCCAAAAAAAAGUAAGUAGAGACGGGAGAAUCUAAAAUUUCUUGACGAGGAAGCAAAAUCAAAACCACAAAGUAGAAGAAUACAUCAAAUUAGGAGUUUGAAAUCUUAACAAAUUCUUUUUAAUCUCUCGAGAAGGAGGAGGAAGGUGUAAUAAUACGGAAGAUCCAAGUCGGGGGGGUUCGGAGACGAUGGAGCCUUCUCAUUCCGGAUCCCAACCACCGCAGAAAGCCGUUCCUAGACUGGCUACUGUGGGCUGGCGAACUAUGUUGAUCUUCAAUCUCGGUCUUGCUGCUUUUAUAUUUGCGAAGAAACGAGAAAGGGACAUUGAUGUGGGCGAGAAAAUGGGAGUUAAAAAGGGCAGUAAAGGUGCGAAAAAGACUGUUGUCAACACCCAGGCCGAGAAAGCUGCAGAAGAAAACAACAGCAGAGUUGCAGAAACUGACAAGGCUAAGAACUCAGAGACUGCAGUACUACUGGACAAGGAAGAAGCCAAACCGAUCCCUAAGCAUGAUGAUCCUCUGUUUGAGUUUACGGAUGCAGCAGCUGAUGAGCUGGUGUUCCAGGGUGCGGCAGCCGAGCCUGUAAAGGUAGCAAGGAAACCGAUUCCGGAAGAUGAGCAAAGGGAGCUUUUCAAGUGGAUCUUGGAAGAGAAAAGGAAGAUGGUACCAAAAGACAGGAAAGAUAAGAAACGUAUUGACGAAGAGAAAGCUGUGUUGAAACAGUUUAUUCGGGCAGAGAGGGUUCCGAAGCUUCUCCCUGAUGAUUCUGUUGAUUCUUCUCUACGUGAUUGGGACAAAUUCUUCUCCAAGUAGAGAGAAACAUAAGAGACUAGUCUACUAGUUUUUUUUUUGUUGGCUACCCUCAUUUCUUUUUUACUACUUUGAUUGUUUAGUUUAGGCAUCCGGAAUUGGAUCCAACGGUUAGUUCAGUUUGGUUAACACACUUUUCGAUUAAUCAAUUCGCUUAAAAAGCUUGUCAAAUUGAACUGGAAAAAGUUAUGUUCAA